AGCUUCAUGGGUCCUGACGACGUGGGAAUGACGUGAGAGGAAGGUUAAUCAGCUGAUUUUGAGCGAUGAAAUAAACCAAAUAAUACGGAUUUAUCUGUGAGAAGACGUCCAAAUCCAACUGACAGCGGAUGGGAUUAUGUUUGGUCUUUGUUGAAAUGCUAUAUUUAGACCAAAAUCAUGGACAAGAUUUUGGAGGGCCUUGUCAGUUCCGAUCACUCUGUUCCAGUAAAGAGAGCCAUAGUAAAGAAGGUUGUAGAGGCGGCAGAGAAAGAGGUGACAGAGGAGCAGUGUCGAGCCCUGUUCACCCUCACCACCCGCCUCAUCUUGCUUGGUGAAGAUGCCUUCCAGAAGCAGAUUGGCCUCCAGGUUCUUGAGGCCUAUGCGCGCUACCACCGGCUGGAGUUUGAGCAUUUCUUUACGAAAGACUUUGCUCUCAGUUUGCUCCAGCAAGGCUAUGGACAGCGGGACCACAGAGACCCAGCUAUAAUAGACUACAUUCACUGCUGCCUGCGCCUUCUCAUCAGCUGUCCCUCUGUGUUGGAGAUUUUCAAUGUGAUUCAAGUGGAGGUUUUGAGGAUGGUGUGUGAACGUCCGGAGUCUAGUCUCUGUGCCCAUCUGUGCACUCUGCUGUCAGACUUCAUGCAGUGCAUCCCAAGGGACAAGUUGGGCAUUUUGUUCUGCCAGCAGCUGGUUCGAACCAUCAGCUGCUUCCAGUGCGUUGCCAGCCAAGAGCGAGAACUGAGGGAGUAUGUGGGGCAGGUGACGAAGGUUAGCACUCUGCUGCAGAACAUCUGGAAGGCUGACCCAACUACUCUGUUGCCCUCGCUGCAGGAAGUCUUUGCUAUCAUCUCCUCCACAGACCCGUCUUUUGAGCCGUCGAUUGCACUGGCCAGUCUGGUCCAGCACAUCCCUGUCCAGAUGAUCACAGUGCUCAUCAAGAGUCUCACCACAGAUCAGAACGUCCGAGACGGAAGCAUGACUAAAGCACUCUGCAGGAUGAUUGACUGGCUGUCUUGGCCUUUGGCCCAACAUGUUGAUACCUGGGUCAUCGCUCUGCUGAAGGGACUGGCUGCAGUUCAGAAGUUCACAAUCCUCAUUGAUGUCACUCUGCUUAAAAUUGAACUGGUUUUCAGUCGUCUGUGGUACCCCAUUGUGAGGCAGGGGGCGCUAGCUGUACUUUCCCACAUGCUGCUGAGUUUCCAGCACUCUCCCGAGGUCUUCCAUUUGGUUGUUCCACAUGUAGUGGAUCUCGUUGAGUCUCUGAAGGUAGACGGUCUCCCCACCAGCAAAUCUAUUUUGUUGCAGUUUACUGAGCUCAUGCACUGCAUGAUGUAUCAGUACUCUGGCUUCCCUGACCUGUAUGACCACAUAUUGGAAGCCAUCAAGGAUCUCCCAAAACCUUCAGAAGAGAAGAUUAAGUUGGUGUUGAAUCAAAGUGCCUGGACAUCUCAGUCUAAUUCAUUUGCUUCCGGUGUUUUGAGGCAAGCUGGGAAGUCUGAGACAGGCAAGACUGGUCUGAUCAACCUUGGGAACACCUGUUUCAUGAACAGCAUAAUCCAGACCCUCUUCAUGGCCACAGAUUUUAGGAGGCAUGUUUUAGCCUUACAUCUAAAUGCCUCCAACAUGCUAAUGAAGAAGCUUCAGCUCCUCUUUGCUUUUCUCGCUCACACACAGAGGGCAGCAUACGCACCCAGGACCUUCUUGGAAGUGUCUCGUCCUCCCUGGUUCAAUAUGGGCUCACAGCAGGAUUGUUCUGAGUAUCUCAGAUUUAUUUUAGACAGGUUGCACGAAGAGGAGAAAACGUUUCAGGUUCUAGAAUCUGCUAAGCCAAGAGUUAUCCCUUUGGUUGACACAAGCAGCAAAGACGCAACGUGUCCGACUUUUUCCAAGGAACACCAGGAGUCAUGUUUGGUUCAAGGAGAAUCUGUACCUGUUGAUGAUCAAAGGACUUUAAUAGAAAGGAUGUUUGGUGGAAAACUGAUCACGGGCAUUCGCUGCAUGCAGUGCAACUGCAUCUCUGAGAAAGAAGAGCCUUUUACAGACUUAUCUUUGGCCUUUUGUCCGUCUGCCUCCUCUCAGAACAGUCCUAAAUCUCAGGGGCCCUCAGAGGAGCCCAAGGUUCUUUGUCAAGGAUCUGUCAAUGGUGGCAGCGAAGCUCCUGAGCCAGGCUCGGCCAGCUCUCUUGCUACUAAUGUUCAAUAUGAGCCGGUGACAAAUGAGCCUCCCCUCUCUGUGCCUGACCUGGUGAACUAUUUUCUGGCUCCAGAGAUCCUCGAUGAAGACAAUGCGUACUUCUGUGAGAAGUGUGGCUCCCUUCAGAGGGCAGAGAGGACCCUGAAAGUGGUUUCUUCACCCGAGUACUUAAUCCUCACACUGCUGCGAUUCUCUUAUGAUGCCAAAUGCCAUGUCCGUAGGAAGAUUCUAGACAACGUCAUCAUCCCACCAGCCUUGAGACUUCCUGUUCAUGCCCCUUAUACGCCUGUGCCGUGGUCCUCCGCUUCCUCCUCCCCUUUGCAAGUCGAUUCUCCCGAAAGCAGCGAGAAUCUGGCCAAGAAACUGAAACCGUCGCAGGGUGACGAGGAGGAAGAUGGGAGGGUGAGGCUGAACGAGGCAGAGGAGAGAAACUUAGCCGGAGAGAUGCAGGUUCAGUCGGUGCCCUAUUUGCUCAGCUCAGUGGUGGUGCAUUCUGGGAUAUCAUCAGAGAGUGGCCACUACUACUCGUACGGUCGCAACGUCAGCGGAGCAGAUGGAGCACAGCAUCCAGCCAGUCACUCCCCAGUCAGAGAGGACCUAGCCACCUGUAGCCUCUGCACACCUGAGCAAAGUGACACACAAACCUCUAGUGGCCAGGAGGCAAGAGAGUGGCUGCUGUUCAACGACAGCAGGGUGACGUUCACGUCUUUGCAGUCAGCGCAGAACAUUACCAAACGCUUCCCCAAGGACACAGCUUACGUGCUCAUGUACAGGAAGCAGGAUCAGAAUGUGAACGGUGGUGUGGCAAAUGGGACGAGAAUUAGUGCUGAGCCACCUCUGCAAAAAGAACUACUGGAUGCUAUUAUCAAAGACAACAAGCUGUACUUACAGGAGCAGGAGCUCAACGCUCGCACCCAGGCUCUUCAGGCCUCUUCUUCGUCAUGCUCAUUCAGGCCCAACGGUUCAGAUGACAACAACCCACCCGGGAGCUGCGGCCCAUCUGGUGGAGGUGGAGGGGGAGGGGGCUUUAACACCAUUAGUAGACUGGUGUUCUGAAAGGAGAGUGGGCCAAAAAAAUUGGAUAAACCCAGAUGAACUGAGGUUGACUGAUGAUGUGGAAAGCUGAACUGUUGUAUAGCAAUUAACUUUGGGGGGGGGGGUGGGGGGAGCACUGACAUGAUUGAAAAAAAAUACAGUGAGUAUCAGCCUACAGGAUUUGAUCCUUGAUUUGAUUUGAUUUCUUUAAAAACCUGUAAGGUUUUCUUGUUUUUCAACUCCUUUUGUCAUUUUCUGGUCAUUUGUUUUUGUUUUGUUUUUUUUUGUGUGAUUUCCGCUACACAAAGCACCCACCGACUUGACACACAGGUGGCUAAUACUCUUUAAUGUAAAUAUAUUCUUCUCUUUGAAUGAGAAAAAUACAUUAAACACCUGUGUAAUUUCACUUAAAAAAUGUUCAUAUAAACUAUUCUGUAUAUUUGGUUUUGUCUGAAGCGCUCAGCAGAAAGUUUCUAAUAUUGCCUCAAACACACACACACACGCAAAACUGUGUGUGGUUUAAGAUUUAGAAAGAUUUUAUCUUUAUCAACCUUAACUUUGCUGUGUUUCUGAACACACUAAGCGAUCAAACGUUUUUUACUCCUAUGAUUUGCAUGCAGCUUUGCUAUAAGCUGUGGAGUUACGUUUUUCAGAAUAUUUGAAUCUCCUUGGUGUUCACUCUAUUGUUUUAAAGGUUCCACAUGUGUAUUUAUGACCUGAAAUGGGAUUUCUGUAUGAUUACAAAUAAAAGAAACGUUAAUCGGUAAUAAAAGCCAUGUAUGGGAUUUUUUUUUCUACAGAGAUCAGAGUUUGUUUCAACCAAAGCAGACGAGCAGCGGACUACUUCUGACUUGAUUUUUUUUAUUUUCAGAAAGACUCCUGCAUUAAAUGAUUGGAUAUGCUUUUUGAUAUUCAGUGCAAAGGGGUUUGUUUCACUUUUCACCUAAGUUGCUUUGUGCAUUUAUAAACACGUUUUUCUCUGGUAAGAACAGUUGUGUUGAAUUACACUGAUGUGUUGGUAAAGAGAUCGUUAGAGAUACAUACAGUAUUUAAAUGUGUUUUUAAAAAAAUUCCACAAAUUUACAAUGAGGAAAAAAAAAAGAUAGAUGUGAUUUAUUUGAACUUUUAUUUUUUAAAUUGAUCCAAAUACCUAAUAAUUUCUUGUAAGUGUACCCAUGUGUUUUAAGAGUUUCGGCAUCUUCAAAAUGAUCAUUUAAAAAAAAAUGUCUUAAAUGUGGUGCCAACAAAGUUUUCUGAAACUUUCUAGUUUGGACCUUUUGUUUUUAAACCCAUCCUGUACUUGAAUGCUUUCUUUUACGAUCUAAAUGCAAAUCGUGUUUUGCAAAGAUGAAUCCAAUGGCAAAUUGACUUUUUUGCUAUACAAUUAAAAAUAUUGUACUUUAACAAAAUAUUUUUACACAGCCUGAUGUUUUCUUAAGAAUAAUCCUGCAAGCUUGGCACUAAUCCACAUACUCCUUUAAAAAAAAAAAUUCUUCCUCCCUUUUUUAAUUUUAUUUUUUAACACGUUCAGCCUUUAGCCUUUAGCAUGUUUCAUUAGAACAAAAUUUUGGACCCCAACUGGGACACAGAGUUUUUUUUUUAAAGAUGUAAUUACUGUAUUUUUUAGUGUUUUUGUUUCGUUUUUGUUGAAAUGUAAACCUGAGGUUUCUGCAGAAAUACAUUAAAGCAGGAUUUCCGUGUA